GAGUAGAGAGGGUUGAACCAAAAAAAUAAGAGCGACGGGGGGUUUUAGCGGAGCUGCAGCGAGACAGGCGCUCUCUAUCUCUGAUGAAAAGGCGGAUUCUGGAGCCUGGACCAGGGGAACUUUGGCGCACCGGGACAUAUCCACCGCACUGUUUUCAGGGCAAAGGACGCGCUGUUUCUCUACAUUCCGCCGGGAGGAGGACAGUGACGGGCCGGCGUGGGAUGCGAGCGUCGUCGUGGGCUACAGGGAGGAGAAGAUGCUGUGAUACCAUGAGCAUCGUCCGCGGCCGAGGAGAGAGAGAGGGUGGGAGAGAGAGCAAGGGAGCCAACGACAGGGACGGCGAGGCGGUUAUCCUCAUCACCAGCACCACCAGCAGCGACGGUGGUUGUUUCUAGAUCCACCGCGGACCAGGGAGGACCCAUUGUCCCACAACAAAUAGCCUAACAGGCCGACCCCCCCUUUUUUUUGGACGGUUGCAAUAUCUCGGUGAGGCUGCUGAGUUAGGCAGGGCAGCCUAGACUAAUAGCGCCCCGGCAGAGGCUGUUUUGAUAGUGCACCCCUCCACCCUCCACCCCUCCCUCCUUGAUGCAGGGCCGGGGGUGAACUAAAGUGUACACCGGAUAUUGGAAAACCCAUUCUGGUGCUGCUGCCACUGCUGCUGUUGUGAUAAUGGAAUAUUAGCCUGUACCUGAUACACCGGGCUAUUCCCGGACAUCCCGGCCUGGACUUGAUAAGAAGACGAAUAUGUGUGUGCAGGGCCUGCAUUUGGACCAUGCAUUAAUUUGUGAGAGCCUAGCCCUGUAUUUCACCGUAUGAGGGGGGUUUGGGUGAUUGUGUGCUGUUGAUGAAUGCAUGCAUUCGGUUAGGUGAGGACAUUUUGACUCGGGUGAUAUUUGACACUGUUUUCUCACUGGUCAGUGUGUAACAAAUGUAACCGUCCCACUGGAUGUCAUGACUCCAUCUGCUCACUUUGAGUCCACUAUAUAUAGCCAGAGAGAGAACUAGACAUUAGAGGCGGCUUACACGGAGGCUGAGCCUCGUUCUUCUAGGCGUAGCCCACGUUCAGCCAUACCUUCUAGACUCAUCGGGACCGCUCACCGACUUCAUCAUCCUCAUCCUCAUGCCACUGAUGCACGUCCCGCAAUUCGGACUUUUGAGACAAGGCGAGGAGCUCUGAGGUUGUGCGUGGGAAACACACUAAAGACAUCUGAACAUCUCAAGAGGCUUCAUCCACUCAUCCUCGACCCUCUUUCAUUCCUCACACGGACUGCUCCGGGUGUAGUUUGCCUGCAGGAUGCAUGACAAGUGCCCGGCAGUCUAGGCCCCGCCGGCGUUAGCUUGUUUCGUCUUGCGAUCACGAACCAGCCCCCUCCGAUCAUUCAGCACAACCGAGCCACCCCACCCACCCCCUCGCCCCCCAACACACACACACGCACACACAUAUCUUCCUCCUGCUCCAUCCCGCUACCUCCCUGCCCUCCCCUCCGGCGACAUCGCAAUAGCGGUGUGUGUAAUGUCGUUACGGCGUGGCCACGCGCGAAGAGGCACCCAUCGCCAUCUCUCUGCCGAUCGCUGCUGAUGUGAUUUCGCCGUUCAACGGGAAUUCGAAUUUACGCCGUCUCUCGUCUCUUGGCCGCGGGGGGACGGGGUGGGACGGAGCUUGCGGGAAAGGAUGAGCGGCAAGGAGCUGUCCGUAGGCCAGUCCAGCCAGUACGUGGGGCCUUACCGACUAGAGAAGACGCUCGGGAAGGGACAGACAGGGCUGGUGAAGUUGGGGGUUCACUGUAUCACAGGCCAGAAGGUGGCCAUCAAGAUAGUGAACAGAGAAAAGCUCUCUGAAUCGGUUCUUAUGAAGGUGGAGAGGGAAAUUGCGAUUCUUAAACUCAUCGAACACCCUCACGUUCUGAAGCUACACGAUGUGUACGAGAAUAACAAAUACCUGUACCUGGUUCUGGAACACGUGUCAGGCGGAGAGCUCUUCGACUACCUGGUGAAGAAGGGCCGACUCACGCCCAAGGAGGCGCGCAAGUUCUUCAGGCAGAUCAUCUCCGCGCUGGACUUCUGCCACAGUCACUCCAUAUGUCACAGAGACCUGAAGCCGGAGAACCUCCUGCUGGAUGAGAAGAACAACAUGAGGAUAGCGGACUUCGGCAUGGCCUCGCUGCAGGUGGGGGACAGCCUGUUGGAGACCAGCUGCGGAUCUCCACACUAUGCAUGCCCAGAAGUCAUCAGGGGGGAGAAGUACGACGGUCGCAGGGCUGACGUGUGGAGCUGCGGGGUCAUCCUGUUUGCCCUGCUGGUGGGCGCGCUCCCCUUCGACCACGACAACCUGCGGCAGCUCCUGGAGAAGGUGAAGAGCGGCGUGUUCCACAUGCCUCACUUCAUCCCCCCCGAGUGCCAGGCCCUGCUGCGCGGCAUGAUCGAGGUCAACCCGGACAAGAGGCUCACGCUAGAAGCAAUACAGAAACAUUCCUGGUACCAGGGCGGCCGCAACGAGCCCUGCCCCGAGCAACCGCCCCCCCGCAAGGUGUGCGUGAAGAGGAUCACCUCGCUGACGGAGCUCGACCCCGACGUGCUGGAGAGCAUGUACUCCCUGGGCUGCUUCCGGGACCGCGGCAAGCUGACCCGCGACCUGCAGUGCGAAGAGGAGAACCAGGAGAAGAUGAUCUACUACCUCCUGUUGGACAGGAAGGAGCGCUACCCCAGCUGUGAGGACGAGGACCUACCCCCCAGGAACGACCUCGACCCCCCGAGGAAGCGCGUGGACUCCCCCAUGUUGACGCGCCACGGCCGCUGCCGACCCGAGAGGAAGAGCCUGGAGGUCCUGUGUGCCACCGAACAGGGGUCUCCCACCCCGCCGCGCAGGGCCCUGGACGCCUCCGUGCCCAGCCAGAGGUCUCGUUCGGUCAGCGGAGCGUCCACAGGCCUGUCUUCCAGCCCUCUCAGCAGUCCCAGGGUGACCCCCCAGGGCUCGCCGCUGGCCACGCCCCUCGGCACGCCCGUGCACCAGGCCCACCACCACCACCACCACCCCUCCACCUCCUCCUCCUCCUCCGGCUCCACCCCUCCUCCCCCGCCCCCCCCCUCCUCCUCCUCCUCCUCCUCCAGGGUGGAGGGGGGCGGCGCCUCGCUGACUCCGCCCUCCAGCCCCGGCGGGGGGCUGGCCAGCUCUAGCUCCGCCCACUGGCGCACCCGGCUCAACUCCUUCAAGAACAACCUGCUGGGGUCGCCGCGCUUCCACCGCCGCAAGCUGCAGGUUCCAACGUCAGAGGACAUGUCUAGCUUGACUCCAGAGUCCAGUCCAGAACUGGCGAAGAAGUCAUGGUUCGGCAACUUCAUCAACUUGGAGAAGGAGGAGCAGAUCUUCGUGGUGAUCAGAGACAAGCCCCUCAGCUCCAUCAAGGCUGACAUCGUCCACGCCUUCCUCUCUAUCCCCUCCCUCAGCCACAGUGUGGUGUCCCAGACGAGUUUCCGGGCAGAAUACAAGUCCUCCGGUGGCCCCUCCGUCUUCCAGAAGCCUGUCAAGUUUCAGGUGGAAAUCGCUUUCUCCGAAGGGGAGCGGGAGCGGGAGAGGGAGCGAGCGGAGAGGGAGGGCAGGAGAGAGCUGGGUAUCUACAGUGUCACGUUCACCCUCAUAUCAGGUCCCAGUCGCAGGUUUAAGAGGGUGGUGGAGACCAUCCAAGCCCAGCUCCUGAGUACCCAUGAUCAACCCUCUGUGCAGGCACUGGCUGACGAGAAGAACGGUCAGCUGCUGCGUCCGCCCAGCACCCCCACCCGACAGAACUCCCGCCGCUCGGAGGGCGCCCCCGACCGCGAGUGGGACCACGGCGCCGAGCGGGAGAAGGCGGACCGCGGCGGCGAGGGCGGCGUGGUCACGGCCGGGCUGGGCGGCGGCGGCGGCGUUGGCGGCGGGGGCGGCGCCGGCGCCGGUGUGGCGGCGGUCGCCGGCGGGGCCGCCCUACAACGGAGGGGCUCGGGGAAAGACAAGACCCGACUCCUCUCGACCACCAACGGGACGCAGUCUCACCCCUAAGUUGAGCCGACGGAGAGACGAGAAAGAGGGGGAAAAAAGAAAAGAAUGUCUUGGGGAGACGGGGAAGGGGCUUCCCUUGCUGCCCCUUGCUUCCUCCCCUCCCUCCCUGUUUCCCUUCCUCUGUUCCUUCCAUCCUCGCUGUCCUGGGACGGUGACCCCCGUCCC